AAUAAAGAAAAUCCAAACACAAAACCCAACUGGAUCGAGAAAAGAUUCAAAGAAAUCGACCGACUUUACAGAGAGGUUUACGUUUACUAUACUCUUAUUCUUUGUGAAAUUGUAGGUAUAGAAGAAGUCGGUUCAUCCAAUCUGAAUUCAAAUUCGACGCUUUCGUCGCGAUCAUUUUUAAAGUCAAUCAGUCGUUUGAUUGAAAACCGCGUGUUUUGAUUAAGAAACAAACAUUUGGUCUCAUGUUUGAUUCAUCGAUCUAAGAAGAACUUCAAAGCAAAACGAACUAGCAUAAAUUAUAUUAGUUUUUAGCAAUGGCGGAUCUGCUUAGAAGGUCUGGAUUACAAGGAGUCGGCACAUGGUUAAACAAGAAGGUCGUCGAGCCCUUUGUGGAAAUCCUUAGCAGGGGAGCAGAGCCUAAGCAAUUGGCAUUCUCUACAGCUCUUGGCAUUACAUGUGGAGUGUUUCCAAUUGUUGGAGUGACUAUGUUUCUCUGUGUAUUGGCAAUAGCAGUGCUUGGAACUUCUAUCAAUGCUCCCACUGUGAUGCUAGCCAAUUUUGUUGCUACUCCAAUAGAACUAAGUUUGAUGAUAGUGUUCUUACGCUUUGGUGAAUAUCUCACGGGUGGAGAUCAUUUCUCUUUAACCUCCGAUGCUUUAAAGAAGGUAUUGACCGGAAAAGCUUCAAAGGAGAUCCUACUAAGCAUUGCUCACGCGUUGUUGGGGUGGUUCGUUAUGGCCCCGUUUAUCUUGGGCAUAUUAUAUGUUGUAUUAGUACCGUGUUUCACCAUGUUGGUGCGCAAGUUUAGUACGGGUGGGUUGAGCCCAAAGAAGGAUGAUGCACCAUCUUACACUGAAGUAAUGCUUAAGGACAACGAUAUAUCCGCUCAAGGUUGAUUUUUGGCAAUUCCAACUGGGGUAUGCCACUUUGGCCCCAAGAAGUAUCAUGUGACAGCGACAUGUUUGGAUCAUGAAACUUACAAUGUUAGCAAGUACUUUGGGGGACCUCAGAUUGUGAGUCAGUGUUGAACUUGAAGUCGGGUGUGUUAUUCGUGUAAACCACCAAUUGGCAUUGAGAGGCGACAUCGAUAUAUAAGUUUGUUGGUUAUCUAGAAAGUUGUCAAAAAUUGAAUUAGGAUUGUAAGUAAUGUUGGUGAUAGCAUAUUGAAGUAAUUAAAAUGAAGCAAAUGAUCAAAGGAAUGUUUAUAGGAUUUAGUGAGAAGCAAUUGGAGAUUAGGGGUGUAAAUGUGUAUGUAUGUAUAAAGGCAAGCUCAGAAUAAAUGUAAAUGUGUUUUCUCCUGUUCAUAAAA